AUGAGUCCGUGCCGCCAGUGCAACUUCAUGUGUCCAAGGGACCCGUGCAAUUUUGCGCCAGACAUUACAAACAUUCGACGGCCCCCUUUCAAGGACGCCGGGUGGUCCUCGUGCUCUUUGCCUUGCAAGCUGCUACGAAGGCCACUUCAGAUGAUCAGGCCUGCCUUCGCAGAUUGGGGUUCCCUUUUGCCAUCAGCCGAGCAAUUAAACUCGACGACCGUAUGCCCAUCGGUUUCGGUCCCUCUGGAUGAAUCCCAGCGAGUUCUUCUUCCGUUGGCCACGCCGUCUGUUUCUGAGGGCUGCAACUCCCUGGAUACGCAGGGCCCCUCACAAGCCAAGCCACCUGUGGUGGCCGAAUGCCUCACUUCAUCCGGGCCGAUCUCCGCUGCGGCAAUGCUUUUAGGUUGGGAUGCUGCGCCGGUAGGCCCUAGGCGUCUCGCUGCAGCCAAGACCCCACUGAUUAACUUGGAUGUGUCAAACAGUGCUCAGUUGCAAGCUUUGCUCAACUUUGACCGGACUGCCAUUGUGGAUUGGUGGCAUGUACACUUGUUUCUUAAGUCGUGCAGCCGAGCGCGUGGCUCCGCCCCCGCGUGUCGCGACGCUGACAACCUCUUUGGCUGCCAAUCCCUGUCCGAUUCAGCAGCGGCCCAGGUCCUUCAUGAUAACCAGCUGUGCCAGGCUGUGACAUCCAUCCUUUUCCGAGCUUAUGAAUCCAAGGCCCUGGUUUCUCUCGUUGGGCCGGCCCGCAGCUGGUGUUGGAGUGUGCUGGCCAAGUGUGUCAAAACUCGGGUGCCCUCGGCUUUCGUCGACUGGUACUUCAACCUCGCCGAUCAAGAGUUGGAUACUUGCAUGUACGGCUCUCCUUUCGUGACUUCCCUGCUUGUCAAGGCGAGUGCCCAUGCAUUCCAUGGCUUAAGCUUAUCCUGUGAUAAGAGCCACUCCCAUCGAGCCUGGACGCCUCCCCAUUCGACGGUGAAUCAUUUCUGUGACAUGUCUUUACCCAGCCAGCUCUGCCAGGCCUUCUGUGCCAAAGCCACCCAAGCCUGCCUCACCCCUAAGGCCCACAAGCCCGCCGAGCUGCGAUGCCGUCGCUUGCGUGCUCAGGUUCGCUCGGCUGCCGCCAACCAGCCUCACUACCUGCCCUCCUUAAUCCCGGAGUUCAAGCUUAAGCUUCCCCUUGCCCAGGUCCCAGCCACUGCAGACUUCAAAUUGUUGUCUCGGACUCCAGGCUCUGACACGGGGGAACUGGAUGAGCCGGAGUCCGCAACCAAAAGGUUUAAGGCUGCGGCUAAGGGUGAUGGUAGUCGGGGGUCUAGUGACAGGGAUGCUGUUGCCCUUGACAUGGCAGGUGUUUACCACACUAUGGAAGAACACUUAGAGCUUGCUUGCGCGCUGUCCUGUCCCGCUGACACCAGUGAGCGGGUGCCGGACCAACUUAGGAAAAACAUCUUCGCUGUGCUUACUGAAGGCCCUGUGUCCAUCUCUAAGAAAAGGAUGUUAGCCCUUCAGAGCUUGAAUGACCAGUUGGCCCAGCUUGAAUCAACCGAGAAGGAGCUGCGACAAAAGAUGCAUCCUGACGUGGAUUCGGUGACGAAGGGAAAGGCGCUGUCCCUGUUCAGGCAGCUGCUCGAGGAGACCAAAUUUCCUGACUUGUCCGUUCUUGACCUUUUGGAAGGGGGCGUGCCGUUGGUGGGUCAGGAGGUUGAGUCCCCCUUGUUUUCCAAACGGCCGAAGCCUAAGGAAAUCGAGCCCGAGCAGCUGAGUGCUCAGGCUGCCCUUCGCCGACAGGCGCUGCAGCGCAUGAAAGGCUUGACUUCGGAGCAAGACUAUGCUGCCAUGAAAGCUGAAACUGCCGAGGAGGUGGCUGCUGGUUUCCUGACAGGUCCUUACCGUUCCGAACGGGAGGUCAGUGAUCUGCUACAGACCGAUGACUGGUCUCUUUCGCCUCGCUUCCUCUUGAGGCAGGGGGAGGACUCCAAGAUCCGGAUAAUCGACGACUUCAAGAUGUCAGCUGUGAACCGUGCAUUCGGUUCCUCAUCAUUCCUGGAGCUGCAGGACACUGAUUACGCGGUAGGCCUUUUAAGGUUCCCCUCCCGAGUGCUCCAAGAUCGCUCCAAAGUGCGAGUGCCACUCUCGGACGGCACCACCCUUGAGGGCGAUUGGUCACGGGAGAUGCUCAGCUGCCCUGCCCUCUUGGGGAAGACGCUAGACUUGAGCAAGGCAUACCGUCAGGAUUACACAAUCUACGAGUUUAAACCAGCUGCUUCUUUGCUUGACAAAGUCUUGAUGCGACUGCUUGACCUCCUAGGUUGGACUUAUGCCAAGGCAGGGCGAAAAUUUGUGGCCUUCGACGCCAAAGUCGUGUCUUUAGGGGUUUCGCUUGGUCUGGGGGAACUCUGGAGCGGGGUUCUCACUGUGGAGAACAAGCCCGGCCGUCUUGAGAAGAUUUCGCACAUGCUCCGGGCCAUCGCAUCAGGGAAAGAUGUCUCCAGGUCAGAAGUCGCUUCCUUGCAUGGCCUGCUCAACUUUGCAGGUGGCUUGAUCCUAGGAUUCGAGUUGAAGCCCACAGCCAGAAUGCUUUCGCGAGCCUUGUCAGGACCUUUCCUUGGCAACACUCCUGAGCUGAAGCAGGCUUGUGCUUCAGCUUUGGACGUCAUCGCGCAGUGCCGUCCGAAGAGGUGCCCAGCAUCGAUUUCCCCGCCGAUCAUCUUGUAUACCGAUGGGGCAUACGAGAAAGGAAUUGGGACUUGGGGAGCGGUCUUGAUCGACGAGCUCUCAGGUGCCAGAUGGGCCUUUGGGGGCACUGUCGAUUCUUCCCUCGUGGCACAUUGGAAGCGUGAGGCAGGUGAGCAGGUGAUCUGCCAGGUGGAGGCCUUUGCUUUAGCAAUAGUCCUUUACGGGAUUCGAGGCUCGGUGAAAGGUAGAUCGAUCCUUGCUUUCAUCGAUAACGAUCCCUGCCGCUACGGAUUCAUCAAGCGAUACUCACCCUCGACAAGCCUUCUGCGGGUGAUCUCGCUUGUCGCUCUCCUGGAGGGAUCUUUGGAGGCCCUCCUCUGGUUUGAGAGGGUCCCAUCGAAGAGCAACCCGGCCGACCUGCCAUCCCGGGCCGAGAUUGCCGAAGCCUGCGCGCGCUUCAAACUGGAGAACAAAGGUGACAUAGCUUUGACAUCCACGAUGAAAGACUUUCUUUGGGCCCGAGACUACGAGCCUGUGCUUGCUCGUGCGAUCCUUGAGUCUGCAAGACUGGAGGCAGAUUGGACUGAAGAAGUGUUGCAGUGA